GGGGACUCAAACUGAAGGUGUUCAGUCAGAUCAGAGUUCAGACUCCAUUUUACCUGGACAGAGCAGGAAGAGGGAACUUGAAGGGUGAGGCAGACUGACUGAGGUCCUGAAGAUGAGUGAUUGGGUGGAGGACGAGGAGGACAGAGCAGAGUCUACAGGAUCCACCAGUCUGUCUGUGAAGAAUGACCAGUCCAAAGAUCUUGAUCCUCCAGAACUCAGUACUGAACCUGGACCCUCAGACACACCAGAGAAGAGAAGCUGUGUCCAUGGAGGAGCAGCUGUCCUGCUGUGCUCUGUGUCAGGGGGUCCUGAAGGAUCCGGUCUCUACCAGCUGUGGACACUGGUUCUGCAGACCGUGCUUCACCACAUACUGGGACCAGUCUGGUUCUGCAGGAGACUCCUCCUGUCCCCAGUGUGGACAAAGACCCAGAACGAGACCUGGACUGCAGACAGCCAGUCAGACCAGCACUGAACAAACAGAUGGUGGUCUGCAGGAGGUUUUAGAUCAACAUAAGAUCAGUCUGAAGAGCAGAUGUCAGCGUGUGACUGAAGGAACUGAUGGAAGAGGAAGUGGAACCCUCCUCAACAGGAUCUACACUGAGCUCUACAUCACAGAGGGACAGAGUGAAGAGGUUAAUACCCAACAUGAGGUGAGGCAGCUGGAGACAGCUUCCAAGAUGGAGACCCUCCAUGACGCUCCAAUCAGGUGCCACGACAUCUUUAAGGCCUUACCUGACCAACAGAGACACGACAUCUCUGAAGCCUUACAUAACCGACAGAGACCCAUCAGAGUGGUUAUGACGAACGGCGUCGCUGGGAUUGGAAAAACCUUCUCAGUGCAGAAGUUCUCUCUGGACUGGGCAGAGGGUUUGGAGAACCAAGAUGUCAGUCUGCUGGUUCUGCUUUCGUUCAGGGAGCUGAACCUGAUCAGAGAUCAGCAGUACAGUCUUCUCAGGCUGCUUCAUGUUUUCCAUCCAACAUUACAGAAGGUCACAGCAGAGCAGCUCGCUGUCUGUAACGUUCUGUUCAUCUUUGACGGCCUGGAUGAAAGCAGACUGUCACUGGAUUUCAAUAACAGGGAGGUUGUGUCUGAUGUCACACAGGAGUCAUCAGUCAACGUGCUGCUGAUAAACCUCAUCAGGGGGAAUAUGCUUCCCUCGGCUCUCGUCUGGAUAACUUCCAGGCCUGCAGCGGCCAAUCAGAUCCCUCCCAGAUGUGUUGACAGGGUAACAGAAGUACGAGGCUUCACUGACGCUCAGAAAGAGGAGUACUUCAGGAGGAGAUCCAGUGAUGAAGAUCUGUCCAGCAGAAUCAUCUCACAUGUCAAGACAUCCAGGAGCCUCCGCAUCAUGUGUCAAGUCCCAGUCUUCUGCUGGAUCACUGCUACAGUUCUGGAGCACAUGUUGACCACAGACCAGAGAGGAGGAGAGGAGCUGCCCAAGACCCUGACCGACCUGUUCUCACACUUCCUGCUGGUUCAGACAAAGAGAAAGAAGCACAAGUAUGAUAAGGGACAUGAGACGAGUCCACAGGAGCUGAUGGAGGCUGACAGGGAAGUUCUUCUGAAGCUGGGGAGGCUGGCGUUUGAACAGCUGGAGAAAGGAAACAUCAUGUUCUACCAAGAAGACCUGGAGCAGUGUGGUCUUGAUGUCACAGAGGCCUCGGUGUACUCAGGACUUUGCACUGAGCUUUUCAAAAGAGAGUGUGUGAUCUUCCAGAAACCAGUCUACUGCUUUGUUCAUCUGAGCGUUCAGGAGUUUCUGGCUGCAGUCUACAUGUUCCACUGUUACAACAAAAGGAAGACAGAAGUCCUGAAGAACUUCCUGGGAGAAGACUCUGAUUAUUACAACACUAACACCAACACGAACACAGGGGUCCUGAAGAACUUCCUGACAGAAGACUACAAAUACAGGGACUUAACCCCAAAGUCUUUUUUAAAGUUUUCUGAGAUGUUUGGAAAUGAUCAUCCAUCUCUGGAUGUCUUUCUGAUGGCAGCCACAGAGAAAUCCCUCAAAAGUGAAAAUGGUCACCUGGACCUGUUUGUUCGCUUCCUUCACGGCCUCUCUCUGGAGUCCAACCAGAGACUCUUGGGAGGUCUGCUGGGUCGGACAGAGAACAGUCCAGAAAUCAUCCAGAGAGCCAUCAACAACCUGAAGGAGAUGAACAGUGACAAAAUCUCUCCUGACAGAAGCAUCAACAUCUUCCACUGUUUGACGGAGAUGAACGACCACUCAGUUCAUCAGGAGAUCCAAGAGUUCGUGAAUUCAGAGAACAAAUCAGAGAAGAGACUCUCUGAGAUCCACUGCUCAGCUCUGGCCUACAUGCUGCAGAUUUCAGAGGAGGUUCUGGAUGAGUUGAACCUGGAGAAGUUCAACACAUCAAAGGAGGGACGACGGAGACUGAUCCCAGCUGUGAGGAACUGCAGAAAGGCUCGACUUGCUGACUGUGGACUCUCAGAGACUCACUGUGACGUUGUGGCCUCAGCUCUGAAGUCCAGUCCCUCCCAUCUGAUAGACCUGGACCUGAGUGUAAACAACCUGAAGAAUUCAGGAGUUAAGAUUCUGUCUGCUGGACUGGAGAGUCCAAACUGUAGAUUGGAGACUCUGAGAUUAGAGGGCUGUGGUUUAUCAGAGAUCAGCUGUGCGCCUUUGGUCUCUGCUCUGAAGUCCAACCCGUCCCUUCUGAGAAACCUGGACCUGAGUAUCAACAACCUGCAGGAUUCAGGAGUGAAGGAGCUGUUCGGUUUUCUGGAGAGUCCAGACUGCAGACUGGAGACUCUGAGAUUAGAGGGCUGCUGUUUGUCAGAGAUCAGCUGUGCUUCUCUUGUCUCUGCUCUGAAGUCCAACCCCUCCCAUCUGAGACACCUGGACCUGAGCUACAACAACCUGCAGGAUUCAGGAGUGAAGGAGCUGUGUGUUUUUCUGGAGAGUCCAGACUGUAGACUGGAGACUCUGAGAUCGAGUCACUGCUGGUUGUCAGAGAUCAGCUGUUCUCCUCUGGUCUCUGCUCUGAAGUCCAACCCCUCCCAUCUGAGAGACCUGGACCUGAGCUACAACAGCCUGCAGGAUUCAGGAGUGAAGGAUCUGUGUGGUUUUCUGGAGAGUCCAGACUGUAGACUGGAGACUCUGAGAUUGAGUCGCUGCAGUUUGUCAGAGAACAGCUGUUCUCCUCUGGCCUCAGCUCUGAAGUCCAACCCCUCCCAUCUGAGACACCUGGACCUGAGCUACAACAACCUGCAGGAUUCAGGAGUGAAGGAUCUGUGUGGUUUUCUGGAGAGUCCAGACUGUAGACUGGAGACUCUGAGGUUGAGGGACUGCAGUUUGUCAGAGAUCAGCUGUGCUUCUCUGGCCUCAGCUCUGGAGUCCAACCCCUCCCAUCUGAGAGACCUGGACCUGAGUGACAACUACCUGCACAAUUCAGGAGUGAAGGAUCUGUGUGGUUUUCUGGAGAGUCCAGACUGUAGACUGGAGACUCUGAGAUUGAGUCGCUGCUGGUUGUCAGAGAUCAGCUGUUCUCCUCUGGCCUCAGCUCUGAAGUCCAACCCCACCCAUCUGAGAGACCUGGAUCUGAGCUACAACAACCUGCAGGAUUCAGGAGUGAAGGAUCUGUGUGGUUUUCUGGAGAGUCCAGACUGUAGACUGGAGACUCUGAGGGUCAACAGCAGGCUGAUGAAAGCUUCCAGAGAUAAAACCUUGAGUGUGCAGCCUGCUGCUGAAGUUGAUUUGUGCUCAGAGGAUCCAUCAUCAUUAAAUAAAGAGGCUGUUAUCAGAGCGUGUAUACAAAAACAACAUGUGGCUGCAGCUGGUGACUCUGAUGUCAAACUGGACCCAAACACAACAGACACAAAGCUGGAUGUGUCGGAGGGCGACACAAAGCUGGAUGUGUUGGAGGGCAACACAAAGCUGGAUGUGUUUGAGGACAACACAAAGCUGGUGAAGCCUCCAUCAAGCUUCAUGCCCGCACUGCAAACUGAAUCUACACAAGUCUCAUACAGGUUCAGGUGUCCUGGUCCAGGUGGGUUCCAGUGUACUUCAACUGGAUUGGUGUUUGUUAUGGCUCAGGAGGCGGAGCUGCUCUACAGGACUGUCCAAUGGGAUGAGAGUCUCCUCCAAUCAGCUGGCAAGACGGCUGCAGGGCCGCUCUUUAGUAUCCAGUGUCCUGAGGAUGCCGUCUGUGAGCUCCACCUCCCACACUGUGAAACAAAGGAUGCUCUGCUCUCUGAAGGCCUGCUGUCUGUGGUCCACAUCACUGAUGAUGGAAUGAGCAUCCUCGAACCGCUGGAGAUCACAGACACUCAUGUGAUUGUCAAAGUCCCUCAUCUCUCUUCCUUUGGCCUGGUCUGGGCUUUGGAUGUUUUAUGGAGGAUUUGGAACAACAUGAAAGCAAUUAGUGGCCAAAUUUUGCUCUUCCUCCAACCACCAAACCAAACAGCACAGAAGCAAAGCCUCAAUGUGCAUCUCCUGCCACGCAACGUCCCUCUGGCAGAGGUGCAGGCAAAGCAGGGGGAUUCUGUGUACAUCCAGAAGCCUUCCAAAUGCACACUCAUCAAAGAUCAGAGUUACACCAUUCACUGUCUGAAGGCCCAUAAAGUCCAGCCUGAGAAAGAUGAUUUUGAGCUGGACUUUGGACCAAAUUACCACCCAACAUUUGAGAUCAUCCUGCCUACAAGCACAAAAGAAGCUACUGUAUCUGUCCGAGACCAAACAGAUGGAGAUGUCUGGAAAUGUGAAGUUCACUUGACUGGUCCUGGUCCAGCAGGGACUCAGAGUGUCCCAGUGUGGACUCAGAGUGUCCCAGCAGAAGAGAAGCUGGCGUCUGUUCGUACUCAGUUUAUCGACAGAGUGUCUGGACCUGUCCUACGGGAGCUGCUGGAUAACCUCCUGCAGUCUGGGGUGGUAACUGAUGGUGAAAUGGACUCUGCUGCUGGGACACCGACCAGGGCAGAGAAAGCUCGAGUGGUGAUCGACACGGUGCGAAGAAAAGGAUCACGAGCCAGUUCAGUUCUGAUCACUGCUCUGCGUGAGGUGGAUCCAUACCUUUCAACAGAGCUGAAGUUAACAUGAAGCAGAAACAGUGUGUGUCAGGGUGUUUCCGUCUCACAUCCACACAUCUUUGAUACUUUAGUUUUACCUUGAAACUCUCUUUUGUUUAAGAGCAUUAAAAACCUUGAAACUUUCCAGAGAUGAAGCAGGGUGACGUGAACUGUUCUGGUUCACAUGAUCAAUUCAGAACUCAUGUCAGAGGUUUAAUUUGGAGGAAGACUCUGUUCUGGAAAUGAAAAUCUAUCUUGCUUUGACUCCUUUAAGAUUUGUAUGUCUGUAUGUCUGUACACUUACUGAAUAUUUGCUACUGAAGAUUCAAAAUCAAGUUAUUUUGUUCCAAACAAAUUAUACAAUGUACAUCAGUAAAGAUUUUUAACUUGAAUAAUUUGUUCAUCAAGAUCUGAUGUGGGAUUUAAGUGUUCUCUUAAAUUUUAUUGAUCAGUGUAUUUCCUCUUCCUGUCUUUACAUACGGCUGCUAUCGAAAAGUUUAAAAAAUAAAUAAAUAGAUCUUUCUAAAGGAAAGAUGUGAAGGAGAGUUCGUAAGGAUGAUAAAUCCUUAAACUCACAGUCUGUCUUUUAAAACCUAAGUUCCCACAAAUGCAUUAAUUUAUUUAUCUGUCACUUCUUUCAUCUUUGCUUCAAUCUAGUUCACAUGUUAGUUGGUUGUGAAUCAUUUUGUAUCACGGCUCUCUCUAACCUUGACCAGCAGAGGUCUCCAUCCAGUUCUGAUUUAAAAGGCUGUGAGUUAUGAACCUUUUGUCAUUGUUGUUGAAAGCUUUGCUGGUUUGUAAAGCUUCAUUUCACCAUCACUACAUU